CAAUUGCUUUAUACAAACUGUGAUCAUUUGUGUUUCUGGGUGAUUUUCACGGUCUUAAACAUGCCACACGUCGAUCACAGCAUCAAACUCGAUUUUAAAGAUGUACUCAUCAAGCCAAAGAGAAGUACCAUACGCAGUAGAGCCGAUGUUGAUCUGUCCAGGCAUUUCACAUUCCGAUAUGCCAAGAAACGGUUCCCAGAYGAUACUAUUCCCAUUGUUGCGGCCAACAUGGAUACCAUUGGAACAUUUGAGCUUGCAGAGGCCCUCGCACAGCACAAAGUUUUAACAGCAAUCCACAAGCACUAUCCCGUUGAGGCUUGGAAAGAAUUUGGUGAAAAACAUCCUGAAGUUUUACCUUAUGUAAUGGCUAGCUCUGGUAUGAUGGAAAAAGACAUGGAAAAAUUAAAGAAGAUCAUCGAGGUUUGUCCAGCUGUUCCAGCCAUCUGUCUUGAUGUUGCCAAUGGUUACUCUGAGCACUUUGUAGAAUUCAUCAAAUCAGUCAGGCAUCAAUUCCCUGAGCACAUCAUUAUUGCUGGAAAUGUUGUCACAGGAGAAAUGGUUGAACAGCUCAUUCUUUCUGGUGCAGACAUUGUUAAAGUUGGUAUAGGACCAGGCUCUGUUUGUACCACCAGACAACAAACAGGAGUAGGCUAUCCACAGUUGAGUGCUGUUUUGCAAUGUGGAGAUGCAGCGCAUGGAUUAAAAGGGCAUAUUAUAUCAGAUGGUGGUUGUACUUGUCCUGGAGAUGUGUCUAAAGCAUUUGGUGCUGGAGCUGACUUUGUCAUGAUGGGAGGAAUGCUAGCAGGGCAUGAUCAGUCAGGAGGAGAACUCAUAGAAAGAGACAACAAGAAAUACAAGAUAUUCUACGGCAUGAGCUCUUGCACUGCUAUGAAGAAACACGCUGGAGGUGUUGCAGAGUACAGGUCAUCAGAAGGGAAGACUGUAGAAGURCCAUACCGUGGUAAUGUCCACGACACAGCCCGUGACAUAUUGGGCGGAGUUAGGUCCACUUGUACUUACGUUGGCGCUAGCAAGCUCAAGGAGUUGCCCAAGAGGACGACAUUUAUAAGGGUCACAAUGCAGCUCAAUCAAAUCUUUUCUUAAAUAUCUUAAAGGAAAAAAUGAAAUCUUCUGGAAUUGUAUGAAMCUUUAAUAAUUUAUGAUUACACUAUAUCAGGGCUCGAAAUAACGGCCAGACAUAUGCAGGACAAGAUGUCCUUCCAAAUUUAUUUUUGGAAAGUCAUGUUGAGUUUUGAAAGGACAAAAACUUUAUAUACUGUUAUUUUCUUUUAAUUCAUAGGUUUUUGUAUUUCAGAAAGAUUGACAAGCAUUUUGAUGGAUGUAAAAGAAUUUUUUAAGGGAAUUGAGAAUUGAUUUGUCUAAAAAUGUGGCAGGUCAGUCUGUCCUUUCAAAACCCGAUUUGGCUGGUCAUCUAGCAAAUUUGGAAGGACAUUGUCCUUUGACCAGCCGUUAUUUUGAGUCCUGAAUAUGGAAUAGACCUAAUCGGCUAAGGUGUUGCCAUGUACCUAAUUAACUGUGAAAUGAAGAUACAACAAAGAAGCUUACUCCUGGGUAGUUUGAACUGGGUGGAAAUGUUUAUAGCAACUUGUUAGCCAAUUUGGUAUAUUAUUAACACAGAUCAAUAUUAUAACUUCUUUAUCGAUUCAGUUURAAUAACUCAGCAGGUAAAAUAAUGUAGUAUGUCAGGGAGUGCUUUAAAAGAUACCAGAGCUGUUAUAUUUAUGGAAAUUGUUGUUGAAACGUUUUUGUGUAUAUUUGUUUGUUAAUUUUACGUUUAUGCUUUGCUAAUGUAUUGGAGACUAGAAAUAAAGUAAUAUUUAUUCUAGAA